AUGGAACCCAUUCUAGGCCAGAGUUACGGCUACGGCUUUGCCGUGGGCCUCGGUGCGGCUUUUGCUCUUGUCAUGGUGUUUAUAACGAAAAUGUUGGCCAAGUAUAUGGGCCAGCACCAGAAUUCAGAAAGAUUCACCACCGCCUCCAGAAGCGUCAAGGCGGGUCUUAUCUCGUCUGCUACAGUUUCGGCAUGGACGUGGCCCGCGACGCUUCUUUCCUCGGGCGCCUGGAGUUAUGCCCAUGGAAUCAGUGGAGGCUACUUCUAUGCUGUCGGAGGAGCCUUGGAGGUGACGCUCUUCAUGUUUUUGGCGAUCCAGAUAAAACGCCGUGCCCCUGCUGCUCAUACCAUCCCGGAGAUUUUCCACUUCCGCUUUGGAAAAUGGGGCCACAUUGUGUUUUUGUGCUAUUGCAUGGCAACAAACGUCUUGACAUCGGCACUUUUGCUACUAGGAGGAUCUCAGGCUUUUGCAGUGACAACGGGGAUGCACACCGUGGCAGCGUCGUUUUUGCUUCCCUUGGGUGUCAUAGUGUACACUGCUCUUGGUGGUCUCAAGGCAACCUUUGUGUCUGACUGGAUCCACACGGUGAUCAUAUACUGUAUCAUUCUCGUGAUGAUUUUCUACAUCUUCUGCUCGUCUCCGUUAAUUGGGUCGCCCAGCAGAAUGUACGAUCUUCUCGUGGAGGCCCAGGAGCUCAUUCCUGCUCCGGGCGACAGCUACCUUAGUUUCAGAGACAAGGACAUGAACUUCCUUGCCUGGUCUGUCACUCUAGGAAACAUGUGUUCUGUUUUCGGUGAUCCGGGCUAUGCCCAGCGUGCUAUAGCCUCAGAUGCCCGUUCUGUGUUUGAAGGAUACCUCAUGGGAGGCUUGUGCUGGUGGAUUAUUCCCAUGGCCUUGGGUCUGUCCGCUGGGCUCGCUUGUAGGGCACUUUUGAACAAUCCAGCUUCUGUCACCUACCCCAAUCCGCUUACCGACUUUGAGGUUGAUGCUGGGCUUCCCGUCAUUUAUGGAAUGACAGCGAUAUUUGGCAAGAGUGGAGCCGCUGCAGCCUUGGCGAUGCUUUUCAUGUCGGUGACAUCUGCAACUUCCGCUGAGCUUAUUGCCUUCUCGUCGAUAGCAACGUACGAUCUCUACCGGACGUACUUCAAGCCGGAUGCAACGGGAAAACAGCUUGUGAGAGCAGCCCAUGCUUUUGUGGUGGGAUUUGGUAUUUUCAUGGCGGCUUUGGCGACAGUGCUCAACUAUGUUGGUGUAACUGUGGGAUGGCUUCUCAGCUUCGUGGGAUUAUCUUGA